AUGUGUGGCAUGUCAUCAGCUGAAACGACGGCCGCCGCGGGUAGUGAAGACGCCCAGGUGCUCCUCGAGCUCCGUCGCACUAUAUCGCUUGGCGUCGCCAGGUUGAGCGAGGAGAAAGAGCGGGCGCCGUGUCUGACGGAGUCACGCGAUAGCAGUAGCAGCAGCACUAUGUGGACAACGCGCCGCCGUGUGGCGCUUGAUGUGCUGUUGGUUUGCUGGGGGCUGGGCACUUGGCUCGGUGUCAAUGGCCUGUUUGUGGAGCUACCGGUGCUCAUAGCGGGGCUACCCGAAGGCUGGACGUUACCUUCUGCCAUGGUUCUUGCUGUGCAGUCUGCUAACAUCGGUCUACUUAUCUACGCAUUGCUACGCAACUUCUCGCGGGUCUCUGAUACCCAUUGUAUCUACGGUUUGCUCACUAUCGGUACAAUCGCCCUAUUUCUUAACUCAUUUCUCUACACGAAGACCGCUUUCCUCGGAGGCACCGAGAGAUCAAUAGCUUUUUUGGCUUUAACGUUUUUUGUCGCCCUCGUCGGCUGCACGAGCUCAGUGCUGUUCUACCCGUACCUGCGGCACUAUCGCGAAAUAUACCUCGCUACGUACCUGAUAGGCGAGGGGCUUGGCGGGUUCACGCCUUCCGUUCUGGCGCUUAUACAGGGCGUCGGAGGCGAGGUGGAGUGUGUAUUGAAGCCUGAUAACUCAAGUUACAUUGCGGUGCGCCCACCUCCACUCUUCGACUCCACCGUCUACAUCACGCUUCUCGGUCUGCUGUCGACCAUCAGUCUCAUCAGCUUCUGCAUUCUGCACAACUACCCUGGGUUUGCAUCGGAACGCGUAAAGGAGGGUGCGGUGGCUAAAGAGGACGAAGCAGCGCCAAGAGGGUCGCUACUGCAACCGCAAUUUGUCGGGGUGAUGGUUUUAGUGGUAGUCUUAAACGCGGUCAACAACGGCAUAAUGCCAUCGGUGCAGUCUUAUUCGUGUAUGCCGUACGGCAAGCGCGCCUACCACUUGGCGGCGACAUUGGGGUCAAUGGCUAACCCAAUGGCGUGCCUCGCUGGGGUGUGGCUGCGACCUUUGGCGGGCCGUUUCCUAGCGCCGCUUUUGGCGUUGAGCGCGGCACUUUUCGGCUUUAUCCUAUUGACGGCGGUGCAGAGCCCGACCCCGCCGAUGGCAGGUAGCAACCAGGGCGCAGUAAUAGUGAUAUGUUGCUGGGUGUUGUGCAGUGGUCUAGUGUCGUAUGGCCGUAUGUGGGUGUACGGGUGGUCGCGACGCGGAGGAGCUCGCGGCAUGAGGAUAUGCGGUGCGUUGGGACAGGUGGGCUCGGCCUUAGGAUCGCUCACGUUUUAUGCUCUCAUAAACUACACCACCUUUUUUCAACAGACGCCCGACUGCCCCGCGCAGACUAUAUAG